GGCUUCUUGGGCUCUUAUAUGAUAUUAGAAUAUGUUUUAUUGAAAAAAGUCAGAAAUAAUUUAUCAGUUUUUUCUGUUUCGAAUCGAAUUGGGAUUGGAAAACUUCGCGGGGGCAUUAAAGCCGGCAGAAGAUCCAUAAAACGGCAGACAGUUUGUUUGUUUUUUAUGAGAAUUGUAACCCUAGCACACAAAUAAUUAGUGAGCUAUUUUUAUGGAUCGGCGACGGGGCUGCGCAUGCGCAUUAAGAACUGAAUAUUGAGAUCUGAGUACAGAGCACUGGGUACUGAGUACUGAGUGCCGCGGGUGCAGAAGAAUCAGGUGCUGGGGGUCUUCAUCCACAAUCGUAAUUAGAAUUUCCAUUCUUGAGGAGUGUGCGAGUGUGUUGUUGAUAUUUGUGCACAUGUUGCAAUGCAUUUGAAGAACUCGUCGUGAACUUAAUAACUUGAGCCGUCGGCACCAUAUGGGGUCCUUUUUCUGUUUUUUAUUUUGUGUUUUGUGUGUUUGUGUGCCGAAGAGCAUCGGCAUCUGGUGCAUGGAACAUAGACAGGCCGGUAUAACCUGUUAUCCAGAUACGGGAAGUGAGCCGAAAAUUAUGCCACAAAGCUGCUGGCGAAUCUGUCACUCGACUGCGUUUAAUUAACAAUUAAUAAAACUUUUAAUUUGCGACCAACUGGCACUGCACUGCGCCGUUGACAGCGCUGAAUAUUAUGUUAAUGGCAGUGGGGCAGAUGGGGAAUUGGAUAAUGCCCGCAGAUCCCAGCCAUUUGCCCUGGUAAUUCUUCAUUAAUCAGCAGCGCAAUCAUUUACGUAAAGCGCGAGCGAUGGUAAUGCGUCGAGCAAGCAAACCUAAUUACGAGUUAUGAAUAUCUCAUCGGAUAUUAAAUCGAUGGCCGGCAUUUAAGUCCAACAAGCCACGACCAUGAUGAUGGUGAUGGUGAUGAUGAUGAUGAUGGGAGCGAUGAAUGGGUUGGUUUGCCCGGUAUCGUUGUCCGUCCGUUUGUCCAUCUGUCCGUUUGUCCAGUCGGAAGUGGCGACACUUAAUUGCGUAUUGAGUGCAUUUUCAAUUUUUAUUGCACCGCGCUUCCAGUCGAGCAUUAUGUGCUGCGGUGUGUCGUGGUAAUUUAAAUCCACUACCACUGCUGGGAAUUUGCAAUUUGCCGUUCCCACCAUCAGAUCCGCCACAGUGGGCGUGGCAGUGAUGCCCCCGGACUCAUUAACAGUAUCUAGUAUGCGAUAACCACCAUAAUAAUCGAUGCUGGAGCUUGUAGCCUUUAUCAAAUGGCGCGCAUGCAAAAAUAUUCCCAACCCACAAUCGGAGAUAAACGAUGAAGUCAGUCUUCAGAAGUCAUCCCAACAUUGCGGGCGCAAGAAAAUGAGAGCUGUCAAGUGGUUAACUAUUAUUUUGGUGACCUUGAUGGGUCACCAACCCACCGCUGCCGUGGAAUUCGCAGAGUGUGCCAGUGCCCCAGAAAUGGGCAUCUACGUGGCCAGCUCCAGUAAUUGCUCCAAGUACAUUUACUGCGCUGGUCCCGGAUCCUUUGAGGCCGAGUGCCUGGCCGGCCAUUACUACGCCGAGGAUCUGGACCGCUGUGUUGAUCGGGAGUUGGUGAAGAGGUGCCAGGAUCCACUGGCCAGCACCACUAAGUCACCUUCGGUGGUUAAGAAACCCCAACCACCGCAGAUGGCGGCUCAGAAGGCGGAACCACUGGCCAUCACUCUGCGACUCUUACCAAAUGCCGGACCCUGUUAUCCUUACAUGGUGUGCUUCGAAGGAGCGGGCCUCACGAGUGCCUGUACACCCGCUCAUCUGGUGUCCUGCAACCGUCGCCAAUCGCCGGAGAUCAUUACCCAGUGCCAGCCUGGAGUCUAUGGAUUUAUGCCACAUCCCCGAAACUGCGCCUACUUCUACUACUGCUCCAGUGGCUCGAAGCACAUCCACCGAUGUCCAUUGAACUACACCUGGCACCACGAACGCAGGUCCUGUGUCCAGCCAUCCGAGAAGCAGUGCUUCUCCGAGAGAAUUCGCCUUGUCAAAAAGAAGCAGCCAUAACUCUAAUG